UGACAACGGUACGGGCGGACGGUGCCGUAAUUUUUGAGCGCGGUGGCCGUAAUAAGAGUUUCAAUAGCGUUUGCUUUUGCAUCUUCCAUCGCAAAGACGAGGUCGUUGACAAACUGUAUCGAAGAUUAAAUAUUUGCGAGUUCGUGCCUCGCACUGUUGUCUGCGUAGAGUGCAAACAUGGAUUUUGGUCGCACCUGUAUUUACGACCUAUGUUGUCGAUUGCAGUCUUCUUUUCUUCAGUCGUAAAGUCUGGACAGUCGUCCUCACUCGUCACAAAAUUUUAUGGAUUUUGUAGUGCUCAUCGAAUAUCUUCUUGGCGUAAAGUUUUAUUAACUGUUAUCCACAAGACUUUGAUAAUGAAUUUAGUCCAAGCACAGGAAGCAGUGGAAGAGUUGUUGGAAUGUACAAUCUGUAUAAAUCCUUACGAGGCAUCUGGUCCCAGGACACCAAAGAUGCUUCCUUGCCAACAUGUAUUUUGCUUGGAUUGUAUCGAAAAUAUUGCUGAUGGAGAAAAGUAGGUAUUGAAG